GUUGUCUAAUUCUAAUAAUUAAAAGACUCGUUCCCUUACCGCUCUUAUGUGCGUGUAUUGUUUGCAUUCUACUCUUCGUCUUCUCCGUUGUCUUUUUCCUCUUCUUCUUCGGCGAAUAAUACACACACAGACCAACUUCCGGUAUGGACUUCCGGUAUGGAUUGGAUAUAUGGCGGCGCCCAUGUCCGCCAUCAUGUCUGCAUCUGGGUCCCUCUCCAGUCAGCCGUCUCAAGAAGGAGGAGGACAGUCGUCGUUAAAAUGAGCCAAAGGAAAUGGAGCAGCGUUUGGAUGCACUUUUCCCUCGAGACAGACAAGCUUCUUCAGCGGCAGCAUCAGUGACCGCACCUGCACUGGCAUCCAAAGCAGCCACAGCAGGUAAUGAUGGCAGAGGUGGCCGUCAGCAGGUGGAUGAGGCGAAGGGGAGGCAGAAGGAGGAGAGACCCGCGGCCGCCACAUUAUGUGAAGACGGCACAGUCGGUGCGACUGGAGGGGAAUUUGAGCUUCAGGUUGCCAUGUUUGAGGAAGUAUUAUGUGUUGCUGUGCUGUUUAUUGAUGUGGAUCCCAUCAUACGUUCAUUGUUCAGGAGGUUCACUAGACCAAGCAGCCUUUUGGGUUCCUCUAAAGUUUCCUCACCAAUAAGAAUCCCAUUGUCUCCACCCUGGCUGUCACCAAUGCACCUGUCCACCCUUUAUCCCAAGAAGAAUGGACUACAGUGCAGGAGAUGUGCACCAUCUUGAAGCCAUUUGAAGAGGUCACUGUUGAACUCAGUGCACAAAGCUACAUGACUGCCUCCAAGGUGAUACUGCUGGCCAAGGGGCUGCAGAGAGCCACGACACAGGCAGCAAAAGACAUGGUCAACUCUCUUUGUUCAAACAUGUCAGCUAGAUUCCAUAGAAUGGAAUCCACCCACAUCCUUGCAGAUGCUGCUGCGCUUGACCCGAGAUUUAAAACGAUGGCAUUCAUGGAUGGCAGAACUGCAGACGAGACUUUCCAAAGAAUAUCAACUGCAGCAGCAAGACUCACUCUAAGCAGCAGCGAACCCAUCCAGCAACCGGUCCAAGAGGAAGGAGCAGGCAGUGCUGCACCAGAAUCAAUCGUUUGGAGCUAUUUCCAUGAGAAAGUAAAGGAAGCUGGAACAGUGUCAACCAGGAAUCCCACAGCAGACGCCGUCAUGGAGGUGCGGGCUUACCUAGAGGAGCCCCUUGUUCCAAAAAACGAAGUUGAGUCAAAUAUGGAGUGUGGACUGGUGGCUGGAGAGGUGUCAGUUCACCUCCUGGGCACUGCCGAGGUGCCCCUGAGCAAGGCACCGAACCCCCCAACCGCUCAGGGCGCCUGACCAAGGUAGCCCCCUCACUCUGACAUCUCUCCACUUUGUGCAUGUAUAGGUCCUGUUUGUGCAUGUAUGUGUCUAUCGGACCUGUGUGUAAUUGACAGCAAGAGUGAAAAAAUUGAAUUGAAUUUCCCCUCGGGGAUUAAUAAAAUAUAAAGUAUAUAUAUACACAGCGGUGUGAAAAAGUGUUUGCCCCCUUCCUGAUUUCUUACUUUUUUGCAUGUUUUCCGCACUUAAAUGUUUCAGAUCAUCAAACAAAUUUAAACAUUAGUCAAAGAUAACACAAGUAAACACAAAAUGCAGUUUUUAAAUAAAGGGUUUU